UUUAUUCAGGCCAGAGUGGAUCACCCACAGUGGGCGUUCAGACAACAACAGCUAUAUCUAUAUUGUCCUUAAAGGCAUUGAAAAGGCGGCACGGUGACCGACUGGUUAGCACAUCUGCAUCACAGUUCUGCAACACAGAGAAAUAAUCUCUUCAGGUGCAUCUGUCUGCAAUGACCAUGAAGACUGUAGCACUCAUUCUUUCCCUGGCAUUCCUCACUGGUACGUGUAUGGGCCAGCACCAGCAGAAUCAGGACCAAGUUUGGAGUCAACAGCGGCAGCAGCAGCAGAUCCACGCUGACAAUCAAGACCCGAAGUGGCCGACUCAGGACGAUGUUCUGGGCCAGCAGCAGCAGCAGCGGCCGCAGAUCCACACUGACGAUCAAGAUCACAAGUGGCCAAAUCAGGACGAUGCUCUGGGCCAGCAGCAGCAGCAGCGGGGGCAGCAGCAGCGGAUCCACGCUGACGAUCAAGACCACAAGUGGCCAACUCAGGACGAUGCUAUAGACCAGCAGCAGCGGCAGCAGCCGCAGAUCCACACUGACGAUCAAGACCACAAGUGCCCGACUCAAGACGAUGCUCUGGGCCAGCAGCAGCAGCGGCGGCAGCCGCAGAUCCACACUGACGAUCAAGACCACAAGUGCCCGACUCAAGACGAUGCUCUGGGCCAGCAGCAGCGGCGGCGGCAGCCGCAGAUCCACACUGACGAUCAAGACCACAAGUGGCCGACUCAAGACGAUGCUCUGGGCCAGCAGCAGCAGCGGCGGCAGCCGCAGAUCCACACUGACGAUCAAGACCACAAGUGGCCAACUCAGGACGAUGCUCUGGGCCAGCAGCAGCGGCGGCGGCAGCCGCAGAUCCACACGGACGAUCAAGACCACAAGUGGCCGACUCAAGACGAUGCUCUGGGCCAGCAGCAGCAGCGGCGGCAGCCGCAGAUCCACACUGACGAUCAAGACCACAAGUGGCCAACUCAGGACGAUGCUCUGGGCCAGCAGCAGCGGCGGCGGCAGCCGCAGAUCCACACUGACGAUCAAGACCACAAGUGGCCGACUCAAGACGAUGCUCUGGGCCAGCAGCAGCAGCGGCGGCGGCAGCCGCAGAUCCACACUGACGAUCAAGACCACAAGUGGCCAACUCAGGACGAUGCUCUGGGCCAGCAGCAGCGGCGGCGGCAGCCGCAGAUCCACACUGACGAUCAAGACCACAAGUGGCCGACUCAAGACGAUGCUCUGGGCCAGCAGCAGCAGCGGCGGCAGCCGCAGAUCCACACUGACGAUCAAGACCACAAGUGGCCCACUCAGGACGAUGCUCUGGGCCAGCAGCAGCGGCGGCGGCAGCCGCAGAUCCACACUGACGAUCAAGACCACAAGUGGCCAACUCAGGACGAAGCUCUAGUCCAGCAGCAGCAGCGGCAGCAGCAGCAGGUCCACGCUGAUGAUCAAGACCACAAGUGGGUGAUUCGUAGUGAUUUCUGGCCCACCAUCACCAGACGCCCGCUGACGAUCAAGACCAAAGGUGGCUGACUCAGGAUGAUGUUCUGGACCAGUAGCAGCAGCAGCAGCAGUGGCAGACCCAUGCCGGGUGUCCGAACCAGACCACAGUGUUGGUCUCCACUGUUCAAAGGGAAAAAAAAUAAAUCAUAAAAUAUUUCCA